GGCUCAUAACAUAAUUCUUCUUUCCUUUUUACACUCUGCUAAUGAAAAUGAACAUGUUAGUGUUACCCGUUUCCUGGAUCUGGACGCCAAACCGUAGAAAUCCAGCGAAUUCAUCCGUAGAUCUUUGAACAUAAAUUCUUCUUUGUUGGGUUUAUAAAUUUCAGUUUCGAUUUGUGGUAAUUAUCAAUAUCCCAACCCCACAGGAAAUGGGUUCAAGCAGUAGUAAGCAGAAUGCAGCUCUGUCGUCACCAUCGCCGUCCGCGUCGCCGUCGCCGUCGGUUUCUCCGUCCCCGUCGUUUGUUCGGAGGACUCGAUCUUACAGAAGAAGGGUGUUCCAGUCCCCUUGUCUCCUCCGAUCUCGAGGCAAUGCUGUCCCCCCGGUUUCUGAUAUUGAGUCUAAGAGACGCAGUGCCGGUCAUUCUUGUGUAAAUGCUACUACAUCUGACUCCAGUGAAAUGAAGAUGGAACAUUGUUCUGGGGCUAAAGUUCAGCCAGCAGAGGAAGUAAGCUCUCAGAUAUUAGAUGCUGAGAAUGGUGAAUGGGAUAAUCCAAGAAGUGGUUGUAUGUCUUCCGGAGUUUUCUCAUCCCGCGGACAAAAUCCCUCGAGUCGUUUCCUUUCUCGUUUGAGUAUCUUCCCUGGUAAUAUGAGUUUUAGGCUCAACAGAGCAAACAGUUUUGGCUCUGCAAGGUCUUUUCGUGCAGCUCCAACUAGGUUUCCAACAAAUACUGAAGAGGAGCCAAGCACUUCGAGCUUGAAUAGUGGGGACAAUGGUGUGCAUAACUGUGAUUUCUUCCCCACGUGCUUUACUUCUCCAUCUGUCACAUCUCCUCAUGCAGAAUUGGCUACAGGCAACUCUCUACAAAAUACAUCUAUCCAAGGUACACUGCAAGAUCGAAUUCAUGCUGGAGUGGACCCUGGUGAGCUUUCAUCUUCAGCAAAUCACUCAUCUGCUGAAUUUAUUGAGGAAAGGCUUGCUCAUAGAAGGAAUACAGCUGGCGAAACAGUCGAGCAAAAUGUGCGUUUCAGUAGAUCUUUAAGUGUUGGCAGGCUCCGUGAGAGGGUUCUCCGGAGAUCGUCCUUUCUGGAUUUAGCUUUUGGUCCUUCUGAACAAGGCCAAGAAAAUGGAUAUGCAACUCGUGUUGGGGAAGAACAGGAAGUAGGGCCGCCAUCAUCUGUAGAAAAUGCCAUCCAUUCUCCUGCUUUUUCGAGACGGGGAGGACAUGCCAGGCCUGGUUUUAUAUAUGGACAUCAACAUUCUGAAGUUGCUACCCAACAAUCAAGAGAAGCUAGGUAUCAUGACCUUCUAGAAUAUAGAUCAAAUUUCCUUGAGCGCAGAAGAAGAAUAAGAUCGCAGGUACGCGCCCUUCAGCGUUUGGGAAGCCGCUUCGAGAAUCUCUCUGGACAUGAGAGGUCCUGUAUCAUGUCUGGUCAGCACCGAAGAGGGCAUUGCACAUGUCGGAUUAAUCCUCGAGAGAUCAAUUCAAAUAAUGAAACUAAUGCUAGGGCUAGCAUCUCAAGAAUUGUAAUGUUGGCCGAGGCUCUAUUUGAGGUUCUGGAUGAAAUUCACCAGCAAUCUGUAGUUUUGUCUUCUCGGUCUCCUAUGUCGUCACUUGGGUCUGCGCCAGCACCUAUUGAAGUCGUAGAAUCCUUGCCUUUAAGAUUGUACAGUAAAUUACAGAAGCAUAUACAAGAAGAAGUUGCCCAGUGAGUAAUAUUCACAUAUUCAGUUUCCUUGUGGUUUUCUCUUGAGUCUACACUAUUUAAGUAGUUUUUUGGGUGCCACUGUAUUUUCUUCAUAUUGAAUCUCUCAUUCCCAUUGUUUUGUAUUAUUUUCUCCUCUACCGUCAUUUCUUCAUGCCACACUAUGUUAACAAAGAUUUUAUCAGAGUCUAAAUGACUGAGUGAGGUGAGAGAACAAUAUGAGUGGAAGGCUGUGGGUGAACGAGUUAGAGAGUGUAAGAAACAACAUUAAAGGAUAAUAGAGACGUGAUUGGUGCAGCGUUCCAUAUUGUAAUCUAUGCUUGUGUUCUUAAGAUAAAGUAACUGCAGAGUACUUAGUGCCAGUGACUGCUUAGAAUGAAUUAAAAGUUAUGAACCAUAUGAUAGUUACCGUGUAAAAUGAGUCCAUUCUGUGUACCAUGUUUCCCAAAGAUUUUGUUUGUUCAUCUAGUUUAUCUUAGUAGUUGAUAGGAUUUAGACAUUUGAGCCGAAGACCUUUGGAUGCCCCCUCGGCCCUCAGGACCAUAAAAAGGGGAAGACAUCACUAUCCAAAAUAAAACUGUAGCAGAAGACCUAAACAUAAUUGGAAGAAUUGAUUAAAGAGGAUGCGGUGUGAUUUGGCUAGACACGAUGUGUUUAGGCAUGGCAUGGUGCAAAUAUAUGUGCCACAUGUGAUAAGUUUCUGUUGGUUGUAGUAGCUGCUGGUUCAUCUGAAACUAAUUCAGCAUGAGAAAGCAUGUACUCACCUUUUUUUUUGGGUUUGGGUUUUGGUUAGGUUUGUGUAUGCUUUACUUUCGAGGUGCCUCAGAAGAUUAGGUUUGUGUAUGUUUUACUAUCUAGAUGGCGAGAAAAUCAGUCAUUACAGUCAUAAGAGAUUGGAAAUGUAUCUCAAGAAGUUUGUUCAGAGGAGCGAACUUUUGUGUACAUCUUGAAAAUGAAAUUGUCUCACUUUGAGCUUUCACUUCCAUGAGCUUCAAUCAGGAAAAAGCUAUAUAACAGCCGAUCUUGCUUCACUAUGGCCCAUUGGUCCCACUAUCUGACAUGCAUGUCUUUGUUUAUCCUGAUGCAGAUGUUACAUUUGCCUUGUUGAGUAUGAGGAAGGAGAUUCUGUAAGGAUACUGCCUUGCCAUCAUGAGUACCACAAAACAUGCAUUGACAAAUGGCUGAAGGAAAUUCACAGGUAUUGUCAUCUAACCCACUGCGAGUAUUAGAAAAGAAACAAUAUGUUUAUUUGUUUGGAUCAGGAUUUAGGACUGAUACAAAUCGAGUGACUGAUAGUCCAGGAUUAAUUCUGCUUAUUGUUUAUUGAGUUCUAGUUGAUCCCAAUUUUCCUUGACCAGAUUUAUGUGCGAGUUAUUUGUUACAUAAGAUAUCUUUUAUAAUGUGGUUAAAAUGAUGAUCUUUUUCUGUUUAAUAUUGAAACAUGAUGAGAAUAUCUCGAGUUGAAGAUUGAAUUCAAAACAUGACAAUAUUAUGGAUGCAAAUUAUCAUUGUUCGGGUACAUUACUGUUUUGGUUGGACUCGAUUUGACUACGUUCCUAACGUGGA